AUGAUGCUGGUCAUUCAAGCUGCAUGCCUGCUGGUGUACGCCGCAGCUGCGUAUGCGAGGACGGUUAGGUACGACUUUAGUGUUGGCUAUGUGACGGCAGCUCCUGAUGGAUUUGAGCGCCAAGUCAUAGGCAUCAACGGCCAAUGGCCCAUUCCCACCAUUGAGUGCGAUGUGGGCGACACGGUGUCCGUCACAGUGCAUAACAACCUGCCUGACCAGACUACAUCUCUGCAUUUCCACGGCAUCUGGCAGGGUGGAUCACAGCUCUCGGACGGCCCUAGUGGAGUUACACAGUGCCCUAUUCGGCCCGGACAGUCGUACACCUACACAUUCGUCGCCAACCCUGCUGGGACACAUUGGUACCAUGCGCACGAAAAAGGCCAGUAUCCCGAUGGCCUGCGAGGCAAGAUGAUUGUGCAUGAUCGCAAGUGGGAGAGGAGCCUGGGCAUCCACAAGCAGCUGUAUCUGUCCAUGUCUGACUGGUACCACCGCACGAUGCCUGAGAUGAUUGAAGACUACAUGAGUCCUGCUAAUACUGAGGGCCGAUUCGAUACGCCCAACUCGUUCCUCUUCAACGACAACAUUAAGCCUUUCAACUUGAAGCUUCUCAAGGGCAAGAGAUACCUGCUCCGCAUUGUCAACACGGCCGCAGUGGCAUGUGGCACGUUCCACAUUGACAACUACAAGCUCACUGUAGUCGAGAUUGACGGCGUGCAAAUGGUGCCACGCGACACGGACAAAAUCCUCCUUUGCGCCGGCCAGAGCUACGGCGUGGUAGUCAAGGGUCAGGAUGAACCAAAGCACGCAUCCCGAUGGUACGCAGAAAUGGAAACGGACAUGUUUACAGACGGCGUUCCUGCCGAUGAAGAGACGUCGGUUAUCGGAAGACUCAUCUACGACAUGAUGGAAGAGAUUGAAGAGAUGGAGAAUGCCAUGGAUUUCAAGGCCCGCGCCACGCCAGACACACUCGACGACUUUACCAUGAAGCCGCUCGACGGCCAGAAGCUCCUCGGACCCGCAAACAACCGAAUCGAAUUCGUAACCAACCAGACCUAUUUCAAGGGCAUUGGCACGCGCACGCCCAUGAAUGUCCACCCAUGGGUUCCCCCCAAGGUGCCUACGCUCUACACAGCCAUGACAACCGGCAGCAUGGACCCUGCGACAUACGGCCCCGGCGUCAACCCCUGGAUCGUCAAGUCGGGCCAAAUUGUGCAAAUCCACAUGUCCAACCCCCACCGCUACCCGCACCCCAUGCACCUCCACGGGCACGUUUUCCAGAUCGUCGCCAAAGGCACCGGCGCGUGGAACGGCGACGAAUCGGCGUUUCCCAAGGUGCCCUCGAAGCGCGACGGCGUGCUCGUGCCCGCCCAGGGCUACGCCGUGAUCCGCUUCAAGGCCGACAACCCCGGCGUGUGGUUCUUCCACUGCCACGUCGACUUCCACCUUGUCGGCGGCAUGGCCGCCACCAUCAUCGAGGCCCCGAACCUGCUGCGCGGCUCCGUGCCCGCUGCCGGAAAGGCCCUGUGUGAUGCCGGCGGCUUCAAGUCGAGCGGCAACUGCCUGGGCCAAAAGGCCAAGAUUUCGGCCGCCGACGCGAGUAAAAAGUGUAAUACCGUUUUCAACACUAAAGUCCGGAGUGCAAAGAUUACCUAGCUUGACUUGCACGUGUAUAGACUUGCUCCUUGGUAGCUUCUCGAGCCUUUUCCCUGUCUUUACCGACCGCGUGGGACAUGUUCUUUCUUCUUCUUGGUCUUCUUCUUCUUCUUCUUCUUCUUCUUCUUCAUUUUUCUUACUGCUAAACUCGCACAUAGAUGAUGAUAUCCUGUCUUUUUUU